AUGUUCGUAACCAGGCAGAUAUUCAAACGUACAGGACUGUAUUUAUCUCGUUAUAGCAAACUAUCAUCAUCGUGCUAUUACUACAACAAUUACCAGCAAGCCUUUCAUUCUAAUCUACCGUUAGUAGAAUUAUCUGAAGAAGAACAGAUGAUAAAAGAUAACGCUGCUCGAUUUAGUAAAGAGAAGAUUGCUCCUAGAGUAAGAGAAAUGGAAGAAACAAAAAUGUUUCCAAAAGAUUUGCUAGAGGAAGUGGGCAAGCUUGGGUGGUUUGGUUUCCGAAUUCCGCCUGAAUACGGUGGUUCUGGCGGUAGUCUCUUUCAACUUUUGCUCAUUGCUGAAGAAGUUUGCAAAGUUGAUCCAGGUUUUAGUUCUUGCUUUGGUUAUCAGAAUACAUUGACAAGUAAAAUUAUUCUUGGCUACGCUAGCGAAGAACAGAAACAAGAAUACUUACCAAGAAUAGCCAAAGGAAUGUUUACUAGCGUUUGCCUUUCGGAACCCGACUCUGGUAGCGAUGCCUUUUCUUUACAAACGCGUGCUGUUCCUGAUGGAGAUGAUUAUGUAAUUAAUGGUAGAAAAUUAUGGAUAACAAACGCUGAAAAAGCCGAUCUCUAUCUCAUUAUGGCUAACGCUGCACCUGAGCAGGGUUAUAAAGGAAUUACAUGUUUUAUUGUUGAUGCUGGGACUCCGGGCCUAUCUGUACCAAGAAACGAACAGAAGAUGGGUUUAAACAUAGUUUCAAACUGUCCAGUGAUGUUGGAUGAUGUCAGGGUCCCUGCUAGUAACAUUAUCGGAAAUGUGGGUGGUGGUUACAAAAUUAUGGCUAAUGCCCUAACGGAUGGAAGAAUUGGUAUCGCUGCACAAGUAAUCGGAGGUGCUCAAGGGGUUCUAGACAUUGCUAUCCCUUAUGUUAUGGAAAGGAAACAAUUUGGAAAGCGUCUAUUCGAUUUUCAGGCUAUGCAACAUCAGAUAGCCCAAGCUACUGUCGAAGUGACGGCUGCCCGAUUACUGUAUUACAAUGCUGCUAAAUUACUUGAUCAGAAAUUGCCGUCCGUUAAGGAAGCCUCAAUGGCCAAAUAUUUUGCUACAGAGGUUGCUUGUCAAGUUUGCAUACAAGGCAUUAAAUGGCUAGGCGCUUUAGGAUAUAUGAAAGAAAUGCCAGUGGAAAAGUUUUUACGAGAUUUAGUGGCAGCAACAAUAUACGAAGGAACAAGCAAUAUUCAAUUGAAUACGAUUGCGGCUUGCCUGAAAGCGGAAUAUCGAUAA